GUUACUCAUAUAAAAAGAACUAUGACGUGACCAAAACUUGGCCAGGGAACAGCAAAAGACUUCUGAGAGUAGAUGACCAUGAUUUCUCCAUGAGGCCUGCCUUUGGAGGUCCAGCUAUUCCUGUUGGAGUGGAUGUGCAGGUUGAAAAUUUGGACAGUAUUUCAGAAGUCAAUAUGGACUUUACAAUGACACUGUAUUUGAGACAUUAUUGGAAGGAUGAGCGUCUCUCCUUUCCCAGUUGUACGAACAGGAGCAUGACUUUUGAUGGACGGUUGGUAAAGAAGAUCUGGGUGCCAGACAUUUUCUUUGUCCACUCUAAAAGAUCCUUCAUUCAUGAUACCACCACUGACAACAUCAUGUUGCGGGUGUUCCCAGACGGCCAUGUGCUCUAUAGCACGAGGAUCACAGUGACAGCAAUGUGCAAUAUGGACUUCAGCCGUUUCCCCCUAGAUUCACAGACGUGUUCAUUGGAGCUUGAAAGCUAUGCAUAUACAGAUGAAGAUUUGAUGUUAUACUGGAAAAACGGGACCGAAUCUCUAAAAACAGAUGAAAAGAUUUCCUUGUCUCAAUUCUUGAUUCAAAAAUUUCAUACAACCUCCAGACUUGCUUUCUAUAGUAGUACUGGUCGUUACAACCGCCUUUACAUUAACUUUAUUCUACGUCGCCAUAUUUUCUUCUUUCUGCUCCAAACGUAUUUUCCUGCCACGUUAAUGGUCAUGUUAUCCUGGGUUUCCUUCUGGAUAGACCACAGAGCUGUGCCUGCAAGAGUGUCAUUAGGAAUCACGAUAGUCCUGACCAUGUCUACCAUCAUCACUGGUGUCAACGCCUCCAUGCCUGGCGUUUCCUAUAUCAAGGCUGUGGACAUUUACCUCUGGGUCAGUUUUGUGUUUGUCUUCCUCUCGGUCAUUGAAUAUGCAGCGGUGAACUACCUGGCAACAGCGCAAGAGCGGAAGGAGCAAGAAAAGCAGUUUCCAUGCAUGGGUGGAAUUUCUUCAAAAGGAAUGACAAUAGAUGGCAUAUACAGUGAGUUGGAUGCUGGUAGCCCAGAAGGUGAUCCCAAAAAUCAAAUGGUAUCUGAAGUAACUGAGGAGGAUAAACAAGAGAAGAUGGUGAUCCAUUUGACUAUGAGUGAUGAGUCUAACUCAUCAAAGAAGAAAGGGCUCAAAGAGCAUGUUAGCCUACGUAUUAUUCAGAACACUCAUGCAAUUGACAAAUAUUCAAGGUUAAUAUUUCCAGGCACCUAUAUAUUUUUUAACAUAGUAUACUGGUCUGUCUUCUGCUGAACAUGCUGUAGCUCUGAUUAACUCAGGAGAUAUUUAGAAGAUUCCGGUAAUAAAAUUUUUGGAUUCCAAGUGAGAAAAUAAUCCAUCCUGUAUCAACUGUGGCUCUUGGAAACACUGGAUAUUUGUCUAAGAAACAUUUUAUACAAUGGUGUUGUAGAUGAUUGACUCAAGCUGGAUACUUUCUGCUCUCUGUCCUUAACAUAUGGCAAGUUUGCUUUUCAUAUGUGAAAAUAUGCAGCUGUUGAACUUUAGUCUCAGCCAUUAAAAUUGUCAUCUUAGUAUAAAGGCUAUAUGUAUGUAUAAAAAGUGGCUAGGAAUCUGCUCUGUGAUCUUUAUUGAGACAGUUGGAGAAAGAUAAAUCUGUUUCAUUUGAUCAGCCA